UUAACUUGCAUUUACAAUAAUUUAGAAACAGGCAACGGUAUACUGUAUUUCCGGCUUCCUACACUAUUUUCUCCCAGCAUGCUUUGCGCAUAGAAACGGAAGGACAUCUUUCCUGAAGAGGACACAGCUGCAAACCAUUCAAGCAUCGCUGUUAAGCAUCUCUGAACAUGUCUGAGACCAUUGAGGAUAAGAUCAAGAACUACAGGACUGCGCCCUUCGACGCCCGAUUCCCCAACACCAACCAGACGCGCAACUGUUUCCAGAACUACUUGGACUUCCACAGGUGCAACAAGGCCCUGUCUGCCAAAGACCAGGAUGUGGCCCCCUGUGAAUGGUACCAGAGAGUCUACAAAAGUAUUUGUCCCAUUGGAUGGGUUGGCAAAUGGGACGAGCAGAUGGAGAAUGGAAGUUUCCCUGGAAAGAUCUAAAAUUUGAUCACAUACGUAUAGUUAUAGUUAUCAGUCAGGACUUUUGCAGGAGGUUUUUGUUACAGUUUCCUUUGUAGUGUCCCACUUGGUCAUUGUCAUCCUCAGUCAUGUUACUGUUAUUAACUUAACGCACAACUGUUCAACCUGCAGUUUCCCAUAAUGUAUAGUAAACUCCAAUUUGGCAUUGUUUCUUCAAUAAAUACAAUGCACAUUUAA